AUGGAGCCUCCUGCAAACAUUGAUGUACAUGUUACCUCAGUUGAACAACCAGCAAUAGAACAACUAAAGGAACCCCAAUCUCCACUGAUCAUUCAAGCUAUUCAGAAGGAGCCUAUUGAAAUUGUUGUCACACAGUCCUCUAAAAAGGAAAUGGAGAAGAAUACAGAGAAAGCAAUCAUUAAGCAUUGUCGUGAGCACGAGAUUUCUCUGAAUCCUAAGAAAUCAGUUUUUUGCGUCACUGAGGGCAAGUUGUUAGGACAUAUUGUCUCAAAAGAGGGAGUCAAGAUUGAUCCCAAGAGGGUUAAUGCAAUUCAGCCUCUCAAUUUACCCUCUAGCCGGACUGGAGUAAGAUCGUUCUUUGGUCAAGUGAAUUUAUUGAGGAGAUUUGUUCCAGAGUUUGCUGAGACCACAAAACACAUUGUUGGCUUGCUAAGUGAGCAACAUCCUUUCAAGUGGCCCGAAGAGGCCAAAAAUGCUUUUGAGAAAAUUAAAGGAUCAGUUGCAAAUGUGCCCACUCUUGUUAAUCCAGAUUUCACGAAGGACUUCAUUCUGUAUUGUUAUGCAUCAGAUCAUACUAUGUCUGGGAUUCUGUUGCAGUUGGAUGAACAUGGGGCUGAAAUGCCUAUAGCAUUCAUGAGUACUCCACUCAAGAAGCAUGAGCUCAAAUAUUCACCUAUGGAGAAGCAUGCAUAUACUGUAGUAAAAGCCAUGAAACAGUUUUGA